AUGGAUGUCGAAUGUCCCUUAUGCUUCAAAACAUUCCCCAGAUCUCUUUUGGAGCAACAUGUUAAUAGUUGCUUGGAUUUACAAGAUUUAAAUACAUCAAACAAUGCAAAAAUAUCUACAAAGCAUGAUGACGAGGUUAGAGAUGAAUCAAAAAAUCAUAAUACUGAAGCGUCAAGUAGACAGAAACACGAUGUGUUUACUUCUUUAGGAUUGAAGAUGGAUUCUUUUGAUUCAAGAAAAAUUAAGACCGAAAAUAAACUGUCAAAUUAUAUCAAAGAUAAACCAACACUUACUAGCUUACUAAUUGCAGAAAAGAAAAUGAAAGGCUAUGGUUCCGGAGAAAAGAAUAUAAAAAUAGAAAGAGAAAAAUCUGAAACUGCGUUCAAAAAAGGUUAUAAUAGGCGACUUAACAACGAUAGCGAAGGGGAGUAUUCAGAUAAGAGCACUCCAUUUCCUCAACAGAUCGAAGAUAAAGUACCAGCCGAAAAGGUUCGGGCCUUAAAUGAUAUUCCCAAGCAGUCCAUUGCGUUGAAAAAGAAUCAAGAAUUUAUGAAAUUAAAACGAGAAGCAGAACUUCCCUUAGCACAAAGACUUAGACCAAAAAGUUUAGAUGAAUACUAUGGACAACAGAAGCUCGUUGGUGAGCAUGGAAUCUUGAAGAACAUAAUUAAAUCAGAUCAAAUCCCUUCGUUUAUUUUAUGGGGUGUACCAGGUGUUGGGAAGACCUCGCUAGCCAGGAUAAUAUCUCAAACUUCAAAUUGUAAGUUUAUAGAAGUGUCAGGUGCGGAAGGCAAUGCAAAACGUCUAAGAGAAGUAUUUACUAUGGCGGAUAACGAGAAAAGACUCACAGGACGCAAAACUAUUCUCUUCCUUGAUGAAAUACACAGGUUUAAUAAAGCUGUACAAGAUUUACUUCUUCCGGUAAUAGAGAAAGGUAUAGUUACAGUAAUUGGAGCUACUACAGAGAAUCCAUCCUUUACCCUUAAUAAUGCGUUACUAUCUCGUAUGCAUACAUUCAUCAUGGAGCCUUUAUCGAAAGAAGAUAUAGUAAAAAUAAUCAAUAGAGGUUUAUUGGUUGUUAACAAAUCUAGAAAGCUAGUUUUUGGAUUGCAUCUAAUUGCUUUAGAAAAAGAUGCAAUAGAUCAUAUUGCAAAAUUGAGUGCGGGCGACUCUCGUGUUGCAUUAAAUAUUUUGGAGUCCAUUAAUGCAUAUUUAUCAAGUGUCCAAUACUCAAGGUUCUCAGAGUAUGAAGAAGGAGAGAAAAUGAUUCAAAUACCAGAAAACUUAGGAGUCAUCAAGGUAAGUCUACAAAAUUUAAAGCCUUUGCUAGAGACGAGAAAUUACCAGAAGAUGUAUGAUAAGCAGGGCGAGUCCCAUUAUGAUACUAUAAGUGCUUUUCAUAAGUCAGUUAGGGGUUCGGAUGCUGAUGCUGCAGUAUUUUAUUUAGUCAAAAUGCUAGUUGGUGGAGAGGACCCGUUAUUUAUUGCUAGAAGAAUGAUUGUUAUAGCUAGCGAAGAUGUUGGAUUGAGAGAUAGUUCUUGCUUACCGUUUGCGAUCGCUGCUAAGGAAGCUUUGGAAUUUGUAGGAAUGCCUGAAGGUGAAAUAAUAUUAGCCCACUGUGCUACAAAGUUGGCGAGGGCGCCAAAGUCAACAAAGUCUUAUAGGGCAUUACGUUCAGCACAAGCUUUAUUUAAGGAAAGCCCCGACACAACCUCAAUUCCAAUACCUUUACACUUACGAAAUGCACCAACAAAACUAAUGAAAGAAUUUGGCUACGGGGAUGAUUAUAAAUAUAAUCCCAACUUCACUCAUGGGAAAGUAAAGCAAGAUUAUAUGCCCGAAGAAUUAAAGAAUAUAAAAUUUGUGGAAGAAACACAUCUAGGGAAAACCAAUGACUUAUCAGUUGAUCAGGAAGAGUAUAAAAUUUUGCAGCAAGAGAGGGAUGAUUAUUUAAAUUUUAAACGAAAAUGGAGAGAACAUCAUAAGAAUUUUCGUAAAUCGCUGGGGAGUAUACCAAGACCCCUUAAAAUAAGAAAAAAGAAUUCAGAUUCUUUUAUUCAUUCAUCUUCUGAAAAGCCAAGUUCAAAUAAUCGAAAAUCCAAUAGCACGGAAAAAGAUUCCAGCAAAAGAAAUAAUGAAUUUCCUAGAUAUUCGUAUGAUGAAUUUUUAAGUAAAGAAGACCAACCAGAAUAUUUCGAUGGGGAGGAAUUUGAUGAAUAUUCUGAUGAUCCAAAUUGUAGCCACAAUUUUGACUGUUCAUAUGAUGAAUUUUUGAGUAAGGAAGACCAACCUGAGUAUUUCGAUAGGGAAAUUUCUGACGAAGACUACCCUAUAUUUUAUGAUAAUGAGGAGCAAUAA